AUGGAGCCAGUGAGAUUUAGUCCUCCAGUGAGCCAACAAAGAUAUGACUUUGUAAUAUCUUUUGUGGAUAAUUACAAACCGAAGAAGGUCGCUGACUUAGGAUGCAACGAAUGUUCUCUUCUUCACAGACUGAGAUUCUGGAACUGCAUCGAACUUCUAGUUGGUGUGGACAUUGAUGAAGACACAUUAAGAAGAAAACAGCAUACCCUUACCCCUCUUCCUGCCCAUUACCUGAAACCAUUGGAAAGGCCAUUAACUGUAAUACUAUACAAGGGCUCUGUGUGUGAGAAGGACCCUGCUCUUCUUGGGUUUGACCUGAUUUCAUGCAUCGAGCUGAUUGAACAUCUGGAAGCGGAUGACCUAGAUAAACUAGAUGAUGUACUGUUUGGCUUCAUGGCCCCUAAAGCAGCAGUGAUCAGCACUCCUAAUGCAGAGUUUAAUAUACUUCUUCCCAAAACUCAAAAGUUCAGACACCCAGAUCACAAGUUUGAGUGGAGCCGAGAAGAAUUUCAGAGCUGGGCUCUCAAAGUUGCCAGACACUAUAAUUAUACAGUAGAGUUCAGUGGGGUUGGAAAACCACCACCAGACCAUGAAGAGGUGGGCUUUUGCUCCCAGAUUGCUGUAUUUAUGAAGAACUACACUGAGAGUGAAGAAUCAAUCAGUAUUAAAAAGCAAUAUAAGAGUAUUUACAAUACAGUACUUCAUGUGGUAUAUCCAAGUCUCCGGGAGGAAAAAUAUCUUCGAAAAGCUAUACUGAAUGAGGCCUUGUUACAUGCAGACAUGAUGAAAAACAGCUUAGUGUAUCAUCACAAGCGCAGAGAAGAAAUCGACCAAGAUGUAAUGACUGAGAACAACAGAGACGCCUGUCAACAUUCAAGAUGGCCUUUCAGUCUAGAAACUGCCGCACAAAGUGAGGAGAAUCAAGUUCUGCAACCGUUUAUACAAGGGAACACCAUUCAUGUCCCCCUUGAAGCAAUCUUUUCUAUCUCAGGGGUCAAGAAAUUGUGUGGUAGUUUAGAUGUUCUAAGAAGUAUUAUUGCAGAAGAAGUCCCUCUUAGUGGAGAUGGUAAAACAAUGAUGUAUCCUGUUGAUCUGGAUGAUUUGCAGGAAGUAUAAUUC